CCCCUCCUCGGUCCGGAUCGAGCGAACAGGUGGAGAUGAUGGCGAGCGCUCGGCUCUGCGCUGCGUUCCGCCCGGCUCUAAGCACCCAGGAGCGGGUCGCGCUGCUGCUGUGGUCGCUGCUGGUGACCUGCUGUCACUUUGUGUCGGCCCAGGAGCUGUCGACCAACGGUGUGAACGGAUACAGCCUGCAUCCGCCCUACUUCAACCUGGCCGAGGGCACCAAAAUCACCGCCACGGCAACCUGCGGGGAGGACGACACCGGCAGAUCGCUGCAGGACCUGUACUGCAAGCUGGUCGGAGGCCCGGUGUCCGGAGACCCGAGCCAGACCAUCCAGGGACAAUACUGUGACAUCUGCAGCCAGGGCAACACCGAUCGCGCUCACCCCAUCACCAACGCCAUCGAUGGAACGGAACGAUGGUGGCAGAGCCCGCCUCUGUCCCGCAACACAGAGUUCAACGAGGUGAACGUCACCCUGGACCUCGGACAGCUCUUCCAUGUUGCCUACGUGUUGAUUAAGUUCGCUAACUCUCCCCGUCCGGACCUUUGGGUUCUGGAGAGAUCCGUCGACUUUGGUCAGACCUACCAACCCUGGCAGUACUUUGCUUCCUCCAAGAGAGACUGUAUUGAGCGUUUUGGACAGAGGACCAUUGAGAGGAUCAGCAAUGAUAACGACAUCGUCUGCACCACCGAAUACUCCCGUAUCGUCCCACUGGAGAAUGGAGAGGUUGUGGUGUCCUUGGUGAACGGUCGGCCCGGGGCCCUGAACUUCUCCUACUCACCAGUACUGAGGGACUUCACCAAGGCCACCAACAUCAGGCUUCGCUUCUUGAGAACCAACACGCUGCUGGGACACCUGAUGGGAAAGGCGCUCCGUGACCCCACUGUCACCCGCAGGUAUUACUACAGUAUCAAAGACAUCAGUAUCGGAGGACGCUGUGUGUGUAACGGACAUGCUGAGGCCUGCAACGCCAAGGAGCCCAACAACCCCUACCAGUUACAGUGUGACUGUCAGCACAACACCUGCGGCCUGUCUUGUGACCAUUGUUGCGCCGGAUACAACCAGUUACCGUGGAAACCAGCCACGACCUACCAUGCCAAUGAGUGUGAAUCGUGUAACUGUCACCGUCACUCGUUUGACUGUUUCUACGACCCCGAGGUUGAUCAGAAUAGAGGCAGCAUCGACAUCCACGGACACAACAGAGGAGGAGGAGUCUGCCUCAACUGUCAGCAUCACACCACUGGAGUCAACUGUGAGCGCUGCAUCCCCACCUACUACAGGUCACCUGACCACGCCAUCGACUCCCCAUUGGCCUGCUCACGCUGUGACUGUCAGUCAGAGUUUACAGAUGGCACCUGUGAGGAUCUGACGGGUCGCUGUUUCUGCAAACCAAACUACACUGGAGAGAACUGUGACUCCUGCGACAGCGGUUUCAUGAAUUUCCCAGACUGUUACCCCAUCCCCACCUAUCCAUCCAACAACAACAACAACAACGGCGAGGCUAAACCGGCAGGAGAGAUCAUCAACUGUGAGUGCAGUGCAGCCGGUACUGUGGAUAACUCCUGCAGACCAGAUCCCCGAACCCGAACCUGCGUCUGCAAACCAGGUUUCACUGGUGACCACUGUGACACCUGUGCUCCAGGUUUCCAUGGACUCAACUGUCAGGCCUGUCAGUGUUCAGGUCCCGGCUGUCUGGACGGGUCAUGUGACUUUGUGACUGGUCACAGCGUGUGCCGGAGUGGUUUCCAAGGAAACCAGUGCGACCAGUGUGCACCGGGCUACUUCAACUACCCCCUCUGCCAAUUGUGUGGCUGUAGUACAGUUGGCUCUUUGCCUGAAGGUUGCGAUGCGUCUGGUCGUUGUCUGUGUAAACCAGAGUUUCAGGGUCCUCGAUGUGAACAGUGCAGAUCUGGAUUUCACUCUUACCCCAACUGUCAAGUGUGCACCUGUGAUCCUCGCACCUCAUUGGACUCCAGCUGCACCUCGUCAGGUCACUGCCACUGCCAGCCUAAUUACAGCGGAGCAUCAUGUGACCAGUGUGCUCCUGGUUACUAUGGUUACCCAAGCUGCACACCCUGCCAGUGUUCUUCAGAGGGCUCCCGCUACACCAGCUGCGACCAUGUGACGGGACAGUGUGUGUGUCUGCCCAAUGUGGUGGGGCUGAGGUGUGACAGCUGUGCACACGGCGCCUACGGAUUCCCCAACUGCCGAGCUGGUACCUGCCACCCUGACGGCUCUGUUCAGUACGUGGUGCAGCCACCAGUGGGCCAAUGUGAGUGCCGUCCUCACGUGGAGGGCCCGGCUUGUGACAAAUGUAGAGCUCUGUACUGGAACCUCUCCCCUGACACUCCUGAUGGAUGCACCAACUGUGAGUGUAACAUUGCAGGAACCAUUAGUGGGGUUGCAGAGUGCGCACAGGAAACUGGUCAGUGUCACUGUAAGCCCAACGCUUGCAGUGGAACCUGCUCCACCUGUAAAGAUGGCUACUACAACCUGCAGGAGAAGAACUACUUUGGCUGCCAAGGUUGCCAGUGUGACAUUGGAGGUUCAGCGGGUCAGUCUUGUGGAGAGAGGAACGGCCGUUGUCGCUGCAGACCCAAUGUGGAUGGACCAAAGUGUAAUCUACCCCGUCCAGAUCAUUACUUCCCAGACCUCCAUCACCUAAAGUUUGAGAUUGAGGAGGGAACCAUGCUCGAUGGCCGACCGGUACGAUUCGGCUUCAACCCUCUGGAGUUCCGGGAUUUCAGCUGGAGAGGAUAUGCUCAGAUGUCUCCCGUCCAGUCCAAAGUGUUGGUGUCGGUGUCGGUGAGCUCUCCAGACCUCUUCCACGUGGUGCUACGCUACGCCAACAGGAGGGGUUCGGAUGUUCGGGGCCGGGUGUCGGUCAUAGACGACGCCUGGAACUACUACUGUGGUAACUGUUCAGAGCAGUCCAAACAGAUUGUCUUUGCUCCCAGUGUGGAGCCCACUUUUGUCAAUGUUCCUCAGAACACCUUUGUGGAGCCAUUUGUCCUGAACCCAGGAACCUGGACUGUUGUUAUAGAGGCUGAGGGAAUCCUGCUGGAUUACCUGGUGCUUCUGCCCAGUGCCUACUAUGAAGCUCCCAUCCUGCAGAUCAAAGUUACUGAGCCCUGCUCCUACAGCUCUGUGCCCGACGCCAGCCAGAACUGUCUGCAGUACAGAUAUCUGUCUCUGGACUCCUUCCCCUCAAUCUCCGGCAACGAUGCCAGCUGUCGCAACGACAACCACCUGCCGCGCCCCUGCCCAAUGGAGAAGGUCACCCCUCGGCACCCUGACAUGGCCGUCUGCAGUGGCUACGAUAUCAACGUCCAGCUGCGAGGCCGUCUGUCGUCUCCAGGUGAUUACGUUCUGGUUGUUGAAUAUUCCAGUGAAGAAGAACUGCCACAAACUCUGUCUGUCACUCUAAACAUGCUGGGAGCACGAACACAUGAGCACCGCGUCAUCCUGCAGCACUGCAAAUACAGCUUCCUGUGUCGAGUCGUGGCCAUUGAUGGACAGAACAGAGUGGCCGUCUUCUCUCUCCCCUCUAAUGCUGAGAUCCAGCUCAUCUCUGACCGUGCUAGCUUCUUCCUGCACAAAGUAUACCUGGUGCCUAAAGACCAGUUUACCAUGGAGUAUGUCCAACCUAAAGUCCACUGCAUCAGCACUCAUGGACAGUUCUCACCUGACAGUUCCUCCUGCGUCCCCUCACGCUUCCAGACCCCAUCAGACUCGCUGGUCCUGAAGGAGGGCCAGAGCUCUUCCAUGCAGGAGCCCAUCCUGGACUCCCCUGCAGCAGCUCCUCCCCUGCCCCUCCACCAGCAAGACAAGCCGGUCUGGACGGGAGGAGACAGACCUCCCCACGGAGCAGAUAAUGCAGAGCACAUCAGGCUGGAUUCACUGCAGAAUGCAGCGGUGUACUCCACCCGUGUCCAUGCUCUGGGACGUUACGUGUUCAUUCUCCACUAUCACCAGCCUCUCCACCCCAACUACCCUGUACAGGUGUACAUCAAUGGUGGACGAAUCUGGCAAGGCCAAGCCAACGCCUCCUUCUGUCCCCACGCUUACGGCUGCCGUAAUGUCCUGGUGUCUGAGAAUCAGAUAAUUCUGGAUGUGACAGACCACGAGGUCUUCCUCACUGUGCAGAUACCUGCUGGCAAGACGCUGUGGCUGGAUUAUGUGUUGGUCGUUCCUGAGACUAGCUACAGCUCCAGCUACCUGAAUGAGGAGCCUCUAGAUAAAUCCUACGACUUCAUCAGCAACUGUGGACAAAACAGCUUUUACAUCAACCCUUCCACCGCCUCUCAGUUCUGCCUCGGCUCGGCGGUGUCUCUGUCGGCCUUCGUCAAUAACGGGGCGAUGCCCUGCGCCUGCCACGAGGUCGGAGCCGAGAGCGACACCUGCGAGCAGUUCGGCGGCCAGUGUCGCUGUCGGCCCAACGUGAUUGGCCGGGACUGCUCCAUGUGCGCCACGGGCCACUGGGGAUUCCCCAACUGCAGACCUUGUAACUGUGGUACGAGGUUAUGUGAACCGGUGACCGGCGACUGUAUCUGCCCUCCCAGGACUCUGCUCCCAGAGUGCACCCAGUGUGAGCCCCUGACCUUCGGCUGCCACCCACUGGUUGGGUGUGAAGUCUGCAACUGCUCUCGGCCGGGCAUCGUCUCCCCCGAUGUGAACUGUGACACCUCCAGCGGACAGUGCAGAUGUAAGGACAACGUUGUUGGCCGUCAGUGUGACCGCUGCGCCCCCGGUUUCUAUGGUUACCCCAACUGCAGGCUAUGUGACUGCAACGAGGCAGGAACUGAAGAGGAAGUGUGCGACUCCUUCACAGGACAGUGUCUCUGCAAGGAAAACGUCCAGGGUUCCCGAUGCGAUCAGUGCAGAGUUGGUACAUUCCACUUGGACCCAACCAACCCUAAGGGCUGCACCAGCUGCUUCUGCUUCGGAGCCACCGACCGCUGUCGCAGCUCUGACAAGAGGCGCACCGAGGUGAUGAACAUGGAGGGCUGGGUGUUGCUUGGAGCAGAUAGACAGGAAGUACCGGUCGUGGUGUAUCCUGGUCAGGACCUUGUUGAGGCCGACCUCAGUGAUGUGCCCGAUGUCUACCAGGACCUGCACUGGCACGCACCAAAGACUUACCUAGGAGACAAGGUCUCAUCCUAUGGAGGUUAUCUGAGGUAUCGUCUCCACACUCAGACGAUGAGAGGCGAUGUGUUGUCUCUGCCUGCAGAAGCCUCCAGGCCUGACAUCAUUCUCAAGGGUAACCAGAUGACCCUGGUGUUCAUGGAGAGAGAGUACUCCUCACCUGAAGAGCCUCACCUGGGAAUCGUUCACAUGGUCGAGGGAAGUUUCCGUCACGCUCAGACCGGUAACUCUGUGUCUCGGGAGGAGCUGAUGAUGGUUCUGGUUGGUCUGGAGUCUCUGCAGAUCCGAGCGCUGCACUCCCAGUCUGCCCACUCAGUGUCGCUACGCGGCGCCGUGCUGGAGGCCGCCGAGAGCCUGACCGCCGGUCGCCAUGCCAAUAACGUGGAGAUCUGUAUGUGUCCUGCCAAUUACCUGGGAGACUCUUGUCAGCAAUGUGCUCCGGGUUACUACAGAGACACAAUUGGCCUGUUUCUGGGGAAAUGUGUUCCCUGUAACUGUAACGGACACUCUGACCGGUGUCUGGAUGGAUCUGGAAUAUGUUUGAGCUGCCAACACAACACAGCCGGUGAACACUGUGAGAGCUGCCAGGGUGGUUUUCUCGGCAACAACAGUCUUGACGGACAGGCGGUGUCAUGCUCCAGUUGUCCCUGCCCACUAAGGGUCCAAUCCAACAACUUUGCAGAAGGUUGCGUGCAGAAAACUGACAGGAUGCAGUGUUUGUGUAUGCCGGGUUACGCUGGACCACACUGUGAACGGUGCGCCCCUGGUUACUAUGGCAACCCCAUGGUGCUGGGCAGCAGGUGCCAGCUGUGCCAUUGCCACGGCAAUACGGACCCCAACAUGCUCUUCACCGACUGUCACCCGCUGACGGGCGAGUGUCUCAGCUGCAUGCAUGACACGGCCGGGCCUCACUGUAACAUCUGCGCCCCUGGUUACUACGGAGACGCCGUCGCUGCCAAAAACUGCACCAAAUGUAACUGCUCUCCAUGUGGCACCGAGUCAUGUGACCCUCACACUGGACAGUGUCGCUGUAAAGCUGGAGUCACCGGACCGCACUGUGAGCGCUGUGAGGGCGGCUCGUUUGGCUUUGAGUCAUGCUCCGGCUGCCGUCAUUGCGACUGCGAAGCAUCUGCAGCUCUCAUACAGCCGUGUGACGCUCAGAACGGUCAGUGCGCCUGUCAGCCCGGAGUCAACGGGCCAAACUGCAAACAGUGCGCUCCUGGAUACUGGGACUACGGACCCAACGGAUGCAAGAAGUGCAGCUGUAGAGGAGGUCGCUGUGACCCUCGCACAGGAGAGUGCCGCUGUCCUGACGGGAUGACCGGAAAACAGUGUGACACCUGCGAGCAAAAAUACAACGUACCUGUAGAGCACCGUGAUGGCAUGCACUGUGAACUGUGCGACAGCUGUGUCAUUGUCCUGUUGGAGGAUCUUGACAAAAUGAACGACAACUUCCACUCAGUAGCCGGUCAGCUGAGCAGUCUCAACGCCAGCUCCAUGGCCUGGGCUCAGCUGCACAAUCUGAACAAGUCUGUGGAGGACAUCGCUCGAGCAAUAGAGGACUACAACAGUACGCUCGAUGACAGCAGGAAUCGGGCCGACAUGCUGGAUGCUGAGAUCAUGAAUAUCAAUGAUGACAUCGAUGAACUGCAGGGCAAGGCGACAGUGAUGACCGACAGGGUUGGUGACCUGCGGAACAGUACCACUAACACACACCAGAGAGCGCAAGACCUGCUGUCCUUCAUCAACAACAUGACCAUGGAUUUAAACGACGUCUUGAAGAUGGCGAACCGGACUUUGCUGAAUGACACCGAUGCCGAGCAUGACUUCGGGGAGAGGGAGAAGAAGAUGAGGGAGGUGCAGGCCAUGAUGAGGGAGAUGAGGUACAGGAGUUGUCUGGGACAGAAGAAAAUUGCUGACAAAGAGAAGAUGGACGCACAGAAAUUGUUGGACCGCGUUAACAAGGAGUUGGCAGGUCGUCAGGGAGAAAACAGCGAUUUGGCCAAUGCUAUCAGAGACCGCCUGGCCAUCUUCCACUCUCAAAUGAUGGAUCUUCGAGACGCCCUGAAUGAAGCUGUGAACAACACUGCCAGAGCCGCAGAGAUAAACAACGUCAAUGAGAAAACCCUGGAGGACAACCAGAGGAACAUAGAAGACCUGCUGUCGAAGCAGAAGGAGGUGAACAACCAGUUGUCCAUGGCUGAAGAUGAUGUAACGCAGCUCAACGAUGUGUUGUCCAUGCUGCACGACUCCAAAGAGGAGUAUGAGCGUUUGGCGGCCCAGCUGGACGGCGCCAGGACACCAUUGGCUAAGAAAGUGCAGGACUUUGCUUGGGUCGACUCCAAAAUUCCUCUGGUGGAGGAAGCAGAGAAACACGCUGAGCUGUUGAACACUUUAGCCAUGAACCUGUCCAGUGUGGUAGCAGAAACCAAGACGGAGGGAUUUGUGGAUGUAACACAAAACUACAAGAAGAUCAUCAACAGUAUCAAAGAGGCAGAGGAGGCAGCCAAGAUGGCUGAAAAGGCUGCUAACUACACUAUGGAGAACAUAAAGGGUCUGGACCUUGGUCAGAUCGCUGAUUCUCUUAGGAACCACAGUGUGGAGCUGAAGGACGAAGUCGAGAAGCUAAACGAUGAACUCAACAACGACCUGAAGCCACAGCUGGAAGACGCUAAGAGGCGACUGGAUGACGCCAAAACCAAACAGGUGGAUUUGAUGAAGGACCUGGAGACGGUUCAGAACAACCUCAACUCCACCUCAAAUGUGAGUCAAGAGAUCAACGAGGCAAAGCAAGCAGCCGAUCUGGCGAACACCACGGCCACAAAAGUCAACGAUGCCCUGAGUCCCAUUAAAGAGCAGCUGGACAAAUGGCAGCAGACAUACGGAGACGCCAACGCCACCAAUAAUGACAUCAACAACGCCCUGAUGGAGGCCAACAAGACUGUGCACGCACUGGGUGAGACUAUUCCUCUGCUUAUGAAGAAGCUGGAUAAACUGCAGAAUCACUCCGUACAGAUGCCAAACAUCUCUGAGAACAUCAACCGCAUCCGAGAGCUCAUACAGCAGGCGCGCAACGCUGCUAGCAAGGUGAGCGUGUCGGUGAAUUUUAACGGGUCGUCCGGUGUUCAGGUACGUAAUCCUCGUAACCUGGCCGACCUGGCUGUCUACACCUCCCUGAAGUUCUACAUCACUCUGCCGAAGAAGGAACGAACCAGGCGGCAGGAUGUCAGCGACCGACAGUUUGUCUUCUACCUUGGCAAUAAGGAUUCAAGUAAGGAGUACAUGGGCAUGGUGUUGGUGGGAAAGAAACUGCACUGGUACUUCAAUGUUGGAGGAGAAACUGCUGAUGUGCUGAUGACUGAAGACGUAAUGUCUAAUGGAAUAUUCAAUAGCAUAGUGCUGGAGAGGAUCCUACAGUACGGUCAAAUGUCAAUGUCUUCAGAAAACUCUGAGGGGGACCAAAGAGUCACCAAAGCCGAGGCUGUGGAGGCUGGAGGAGAUCAGGGUCUGCUCAACCUCAUGACCGACGACACUGUCUUCUAUGUGGGAGGAUACCCAAGUACUUUUAAACCUCCCUCAGUGCUCGCUUUGCCAAACUUUAAGGGCUGUAUCGAGUUGCAUACGCUCAACGAGGAAGUGCUAAGUCUGUAUAACUUUGAAAACAUCUUCCAACUCAACACCACCGCAGAUACACCUUAUAGCAGGUCCAAGCUGGGGCGCACUCAGGCCUGGGUUAAUGACGCGGCGUACUUUGACGGUACCGGCUUUGCUGAGGUCACCUUUACUGAUGAAAUAGCUCGCAUGCAGCGCUUUGAACUGGAAGUCAGACUGCUUUCAGCAAACGGAAUACUGCUCCUGCUGCACAACAAGGGACAGUUCCUGUGUCUGGCGGUAGUUCAGGGCAGACUGACGGUUUACUAUGACUUCAGUGGGGAUUUGGUGAAGCUCGAGCCCAAAGAGCCUUCAUCUGAUUUCGUGAUGAUCAGUGACGCUGAACCCAAAGCUCUGGAGAUCAUCCUCCUGCGGACCAACCCGAUCCGUGUUGUGGUGAGAAACAACCGGGUUGGCGUAUGCACACACCAGUUUUCAGAGACCAUCCCCCCGUUCAGUAGCACCUACUUCCUGGGAGGAGUACCAGAGAACAUGAUGCCUGAGAAGUUGAAGUCUCUGUUUCCAAAGCAGGGCGCUGUGAAGGGAUGUUUCAGGAACAUUAAGGCCGUGAACUCUUACAUCGACCUGAAGAGGAUGAAGAGCUUCGGAGUCAGUUUCGGCUGCGACAGUGACCUACUGGUGGCUCGGGAGGCUCAUUUCUCCGGUCAGAGCUACCUGGACUUGGCUCUGACCAACAUUCCCACCCUCAGGAAUAACUUCUACUCCGGCUUCGGCUUCAGGACUGAGCAGAAGGAGGGACUCAUGUUCUACCACCAUGAUAAGGACGGAGUGUGUCAGGUCUUUUUGAACGAGGGCCACGUUGUUGUGAGAUCUGGCAACAGUGAGAUUAGGACGCAGAAGACGUACAACGAUGACAACAGCCACUACAUUGCUUUCUACAACAACAUCAACGGGAUGCGUCUGUACAUGGAUGACAUGCUGGAGAAAGCAAAGGAGGGCAUCCGGCUGGACAGCAGAGGGCGUGGUGUGACGACCACAGAGGGAAGCACCUUCCUGGGAGGAAUGCCCGACCAAAGCCUCACCAAUCUCACUGGAUGUAUCAGCAAUGUUUUCAUCAAGAGGGACAAUUCUCAGAUGGUGUUGAACCUGCUGAAAGUGAAAAAAACCGUCAACGUUCGUCUCGAUUGUCCUGCUGCCAAAAAACCUCAGCAGAUCAUCGCUGUCCAGCCCAAACACAGCAACAAACCCAAGGGAAAGCACAAGAAGCCAUCCAGGUCUCGCAGCCGUAACACCAGGGAGUCCUGUCAGGGGGAGCUGUCGGACCAGGAGGCCGGAGCGACGCACUUCAGCGGCUCCACACACAGCUACCAGAGAUACGACUCUCUGCCCAUCUCACUCAGCUCAAUGCCUCACAUCUCCAUGGCGGUGAGGAUCAACUCCUCUGAUGGUUUGGUGCUGUACGCAGCUGGCGGGCAGCGUGGAGGGCAGCGUGGCGGGCAGCGUGGCGCAGCCGUGAUGUCACUUAGCUUGUCAGACGGCAACCUGUUGCUUUUGCUGGACGGAGGAAAAAGGAAGGUCAGCCUUCGUAGCCACAAGAAGUACAACGACAACCAAUGGCACACGGUGUUUAUAAAGCGCGAAGGAGAGAAGAUCAGCCUAAUAGUGGACGGUAUCAGCGCUCAGUCUAAGAGAAUCCCUGGAGGAGACAAGACACGUCUGUCUGGGCCUUUAUAUGUUGGAGGAGUCCCGCCCUCACUGACGGCUCCAGGCUCUGGCGGUUUUGUUGGUUGUGUCAAGGACCUGAAGCUGAACGAAGCCCCUGCAGAAAGCCCCGCUCACAGUCAGGGGACGGUGCCCUGCUUCCAGAGUCCUCUACAGCCCGGAGCGUAUUUCUCUGGCCAGGGAGGACACAUGGCGAUAGAUGAGUCCUUAGUUCUGGGUCGGGAUCUGGAAAUCCACUUGGAGGUUCGGCCCGUUUUGGACUCUGGGCUGCUGUUGCAUGCUGGGAUAUCACCUGACCAAUGCCUGAGUUUGGUCCUCACACAGGGAGAGGUGACUGUAACAUUAAACAGCGGCAAAGGUGAACUCUCUACCUCCUUCACUCCAGAGGAACCUCUAUGUAACGGACGCUGGCACACAAUCAAAGUGGUGAAGAAGAACAACGUCCUGCAGCUCCAUGUGGAUGCAGCCAAUGAGCACAGCGUCAGCCCCAAACAGAGCCGCUCUGCAGGGUCCAAAGAGACCGUUUACCUUGGAGGGGUACCUAAUGGCGUCACAGUUCCUGGUCUACCUGCGGGCCUGCCAGUCUUCCACGGCUGCAUCCGCCACGCAAAGAUCAACGGCAGACCUGCAAUGUUGUCCAAACCACUUGCUUUGCAUGGAGCUGUGGGGACGCAGGGCUGCCCACACAUGUAAACCUAACACACACACACACACACACACACACACACACACACACACACACACACACACACACACACACACACACACACACACACACACACACACACACACACACACACACACACACAGUCUUAUCUUCACAUUCCCCAGCUGCAAAUUACUGGUGGUGGGUGUCAUGUUACUGUAGUUAAUUUAAAAUAUAUAUAUAUAUUUAUUUUCUUUUUUCAGAAAAAUGUAUAUUUUAUAUUUUACAGUUUGUCGUUGCAAUAUUACUGGUUUGUUUUUGUGCUACAGGGUUCUAUAACGCCUGUCUGCGCAUAGAGAUGCACUGAUACAAGAUAUCAAAUAUCAAAUCUGAAAUCAAACAUAAAUUCUAAAAUGUGUAGUUUGUUGCUAAUAAAGGCAACACUGCUUGAAUUUCCUUUUGCUUUUAGAAGUAAAUGGUAAAAAAUAAAUUGUGUGAAUCAUCCAAACACAUUUCCUGGAUCUGCAUUACAUAUUCAGGUAAAUGUUGCAUACAGCUGUGUGUCGUGCAUCUCUAGCAGAGAAUGUUUAGAAUACCUACCGAGUCGGUACACUGUGAACACUGAUGUAUGAGCAACGUCCUCAGGCAACGCAGAUGGGCAAUGUCACCUGGAACUGGCACUAGGACUGGAAAUUUGGGAAUAUCGGUCUAGUUGGCGCAAGGAUGAAUACAUUUCUUACAUAACACCAAAAAAGGUUGAUGAUCACAUAGCCUAAAUAUGUGAUUAAGAGAUAUUUCAGACAUACAAUAGUUUAUGGUAAUUUCACUUUUUUCCCUCACUAAAUGUGCCUAAAAGGUUUAGUUACAGAUAAGUUUUUCAUCCCCUUCCAGUCCAUUGAAAACACGUAUCUCCAGAUGCGUUGAUGUUGAACGUUUUUGAUAAACUGAAGGAAGAAGUGUUCCUUUUGUGUUGAGAAAAUAAUCUUACUUCUUAAACUAAACAAUAUAUUUAAAAAGGCUCUUGGAUCAGCUCGAAAAUGCAUCACAGUGCAUUAACAGAACUGCUUUUCUGAGAUCAUGAAAAGCUGACUUUUUUUAAGAGAUACGUUCAAGGUAAUACACCCAAAUUUAAUGAAUAUAGUGCUAUAUUGUCACAGUAUUUGAAAGCUUUACAGGACAUAAACGUGGGAUUAAUUCCUUUAUGAAACGAGAACUAACAUAACCAUCCUAUCUGCCAGCUCGUGUCCAAGUUCUGGCAGCAUUUCCCAACUCUAUUCCGUCAUAAAUGUAAACAUGUACCAAACAUGAGUGUGAAACUUGUAUGUAAUAUAACCACUUUUUAAAAAAUAUCUCACAGAAAGAAUAAGCUGUCCCUCCCCCUCACACCCAGUCCCCAUGUUUUGUAAAUGUAUUUUUAAAUAAA